UACACAGUCUAGAAACUAUUACACUGGGAUAAGGAAAAUGGAAUUACUUAUUUCAUAGUACCGAAAAAUUCCUUUGAAAAGUGGAAAGAUAUCGUCCCGAAUUUGAAGAAAGGAUUUCGUUUGUGCACUCGUCAUUUCGAUGAAUCGGAUAUCAUAAAAGAAUUACAAAUGGGAAGUAUAUUUCACGAAUACUUACGAUGGCAGCUGAAAAAGGUGCGUGUCCCAAACGAUUUCUACUCGACAGUGAUUAUCCUGAAGAAACAAGACAGAGCCAGCAAAAAAAAAUUCUUCUGGAUAAAACAUUAUAUGGAAAUGGACAGAAAAACUCAACACCCAUUACAAAAUGGUCUUUUGGAAUGGCAAACCUUUUGAACAGAGACGAAUCUGCUGCCGUUUGUCCUGCUGGGAAAUACAAGGAUUUAGCUCCUGUACAAAUUGAUCUUGAUUUGGCACAAGUAAACAAUGCCAUUACGGCCAAGGAAUGUGCUGCACCAACCAGUUGCGAGGUAGUUCCUCCAAUUCCACUUGACACUGAUUUGAGUAGGCUCACAGGCAAAUCUGCUGCUGUGUUGUCCGGCUGAGAAGUACGAGGAUUUAGAUCCUGUACAAAUGGAUCUUGAUGUUGCUCAAGUAAACACCCAGAUAGGAAUUGUUGUCUCAUAGUGGCUCCAAAGCCGUACCAAUGGCACCGCUGGGACCAGUUCAUCCCAAUGGAUGAACCAAGGGAUUGGAUGACCCAAUCCAAUCCCUUGAAAAAAGAAGUACUUCCGUUUUUCCGCUAUAUUUCGUUUGUCCCCCGUCGAUGUCCCCAGCCCGUCCCAUUUCUUUUCUUUUGGCUCUCUAUCAACACUUAGAAAAAUUCGUUAUUAUCAUGUCUUUGUUCAGCGCGGGGAAAUUUGCUCACUCCCUUUUACGACAGAGUUAACGUUUCGCUCACUAGAUGGCUAGUACAAUAAAUGUUG